GACCUUGGCGUCAGGUGACCGAGGGUUUUUGUGUUUAAAGCGGACAAACACUCUCGCUCUCACUUAUACACACAUACUGUAACUGUUUGACGUUUUUUUUAAUUUGUAAUUUUUGUUUUUAAAACAGCAGAGAUGAAGCUCACUUGUUUGCUGCUCCUGGUUUUUAUUGCCUGGACCGCCGACGCACUGGUUCGGAUUCCUCUAAAGAAGUUUCGCUCGAUAAGGCGCACAAUGUCCGAUUCGGGCCGAGCCGUGGAGGAACUCUUGGCCAACUCACAGAACACAAAAUACAACCUGGGUUUAACAAACAAAUUUGGACCAACCCCUGAAACACUAAAGAAUUACCUGGAUGCCCAGUACUACGGAGAGAUAGGUCUUGGUACUCCUGUCCAGACCUUCACUGUGGUGUUUGACACCGGAUCCUCGAACUUGUGGGUGCCUUCUGUUCACUGCUCCCUUACUGACAUCGCAUGUUUGCUUCAUCACAAGUAUAAUGGGGCCAAAUCCAGCACCUAUGUGAAGAAUGGUACUGCUUUCGCUAUUCAGUAUGGCUCUGGGAGUCUCUCUGGUUAUCUCAGCCAGGACGUCUGUUCUAUUGGAGACAUUGCUGUAGAGAAGCAGAUAUUUGGCGAGGCCAUCAAGCAGCCUGGAGUUGCCUUUAUUGCUGCAAAGUUUGACGGCAUCCUGGGCAUGGCCUAUCCUCGCAUUGCUGUAGAUGGCGUUCCUCCAGUCUUUGACAUGAUGAUGAGUCAGAAGAAAUUUGAGAAGAAUGUUUUCUCUUUCUAUCUGAACAGGAACCCAGAUACUCAGCCUGGUGGUGAACUCCUCCUGGGAGGCACAGACCCAAAGUUCUACACUGGAGAUUUUCACUAUGUCAACAUCACCCGACAGGCUUACUGGCAGAUUCACAUGGAUGGCAUGAGCAUUGGCAGUCAACUGAGCCUUUGUAACGGAGGCUGUGAGGCUAUUGUGGACACUGGAACGUCUCUGAUCACUGGACCUGCCGCGGAGGUCAGAGCUCUCCAAAAGGCAAUUGGAGCCAUUCCCCUGAUCCAAGGAGAGUACAUGGUUGACUGCAAGAAGGUUCUCCUUCCCACUAUCUCUUUCAAUCUGGGUGGACAGACGUACACACUGACUGGAGAACAGUACAUUCUCAAGGAGAGCCAGGCUGGUAGAGAAAUCUGUCUGAGUGGAUUCAUGGCUUUGGAUAUCCCUCCUCCUGCUGGACCUCUGUGGAUUCUGGGUGAUGUGUUUAUUGGACAGUACUACACCAUGUUUGACCGUGAGAACAACCAAGUGGGCUUUGCUAAAGCAAUUUAGGCCUAUCUAUUGGAAACAAGGGUAGGAAAGGAGUAAGGAGGGGUACAGGAAAAAAAAAAACUCUAAACUCUCCACUAAAAUCAUAUCAGCUGCUAUAACAAUAUCUGCUUAGCGAUAUGAUAGUAUUGUGUUUGCACUGUGCUUCUUUAGCUCCUUAAUACGCCGUUUCAAUGAGCUUGAGAAGUAGAAUCAUUCAGGGAAAGGCCAAUAAGUACAAUACAUGCUAGCAAGGUAAUGACUCUGUUAUGGUUUUUAAUUAGCAGUAGCUAGGACAGGAUGUGUAGAUUUUAAAUAGAUUUUAAUAGGCUUUGUCAUUUCACUUAGCUACUGUGAUUUUUGGUCUUUAUUGGAAAUGCAACUUAGUACCCUUGGAUAUUUUAAAACAAACAUUUUAGAAAAUUGAAUUUCUCAGCCGAUCAAGUUACUUACCUGUCCAUUGACUUAAAAUGUUAUUAUAUUUUGUACAUUUAUGUGGCUUUGAGGACGUGCUUUGAAUUUGUCUGCAACGAUUAAAAAUUGUGACCCAAUUGUUCCACAAUUACACUGGUGAUUAUUGCAAUUUAUACUUUCCUCCAGACAAACAGUUCAGUUUAAUAAAUGUGUUGAACAAA